AUGGACGUCGUCGCGGCCGUCUCGGGCUACAUCUCCAAGAUGGUGACGGCCGGCGAGUCGGCCACGGGAUCUUCGUCCAACAAGAUGAAGAUCUUGCUACUUGACAGUGAGACAGUUCCGAUCGUCUCGACUGCCAUCACCCAGUCCGCUCUCCUUAAUCAUGAAGUCUACCUCAUCGACCGCCUGGACAACUCCGCACGGGAGAAGAUGCGACAUCUGCGAUGCCUCUGUUUCGUGCGCCCAUCACCCGGAUCCAUCCAGCUCCUAAUCGAUGAGCUUCGCGAGCCCAAGUACGGCGAAUAUUAUAUCUAUAUGAGCAACAUCAUCCGCAAGUCAUCCCUCGAGCGGCUUGCCGAGGCAGAUAGUCACGAGGUCGUGCAGUGUGUGCAGGAGCAGUUUGCCGACUUCCUCGUGGUCAACCCAGACCUUUGUUCUUUGAAUCUCGGCUUUCCUCUAUCGCGCCUGUGGAGUCAGUCGCCUGAUCUGUGGAAUCCCGAUUCUCUGCAAAGAGCUACCGAAGGAGUCCUGGCCCUGCUACUAUCGCUGAAGAAGAACCCAUUGAUUCGCUACGAGAAGAACAGUCUUUUGGCCCGGAAACUGGCGACAGAAGUCCGAUAUCACCUAACGCAGGAAGAGCAGCUGUUUAAUUUCCGCCGGACGGAUACUCCGCCUAUCCUGCUCAUUCUCGAUCGCCGUGACGAUCCCAUCACGCCGCUACUUACACAAUGGACCUACCAAGCGAUGGUACAUGAGUUGCUUGGAAUAAAUAAUGGCCGCGUUGAUCUAAAGGACGUCCCUGAGAUUCGGCCAGAGCUUAAGGAAAUUGUCCUGGCGCAGGAUCAAGAUCCAUUCUUCAAAAAGAAUAUGUACCAGAACUUUGGUGAUCUGGGUCAGAACAUCAAGGAGUACGUGGAGCAAUAUCAGGUCAAGACGCAGACCAAUAUGAACAUCGAAUCAAUCGCGGACAUGAAGCGCUUUGUGGAAGACUAUCCCGAGUUCCGCAAACUGUCUGGAAACGUCAGCAAACAUGUCACAUUGGUUGGUGAACUGAGCCGACGUGUCGGUGAAGAUAAUCUUCUGGAUGUGAGUGAGUUGGAGCAGAGCUUGGCCUGCAAUGAAAACCAUUCCAAUGACCUCAAGUCGUUGCAACGAAUUAUUACAUUGCCAAAUGUCCCUGCAGAGAAUAAACUGCGCUUGGUGGCUCUAUAUGCACUUCGCUAUGAGAAGCAGCCAAACAACUCCCUGCCAGUCCUGCUUGACCUGCUCGUGACGGCAGGCAACGUUCCCGCCAACCGAGUCAAUAUCAUUCCUAACCUCCUGGCCUACCACCACUCUCUCCAAGCCCCGCCCGUUGCAGGUGGCUUCACAGACCUCUUCGAAUCGACCUCAUUCUUCUCCGGGGCCAGGGACCGAUUCAAGGGACUCAAGGGUGUUGAAAAUGUCUACACCCAGCACUCACCGCGCCUGGAAGUAACUCUCCAAAACCUUAUCAAGGGUCGUCUGAAAGAACUGCAAUACCCGUUCUUGGAAGGUAGCGGACACACCCGAGACAAGCCGCAGGAUAUCAUUAUAUUCAUGGUUGGCGGUGUGACGUACGAGGAAUCCAAGAUGGUUGCGCAGGUUAAUGCCAGCUCUCCGGGAGUUCGUGUUGUUUUGGGGGGCACUACAAUUCAUAACAGCACCACUUUCUUGGAAGAAGUCGAUGAUGCCGUCGGCCACUGGCCGGAGUUGGGCCCCACGACAGCUGCAGGACGGCUGCGACGGGAGGUUGGUCGGUGA